AUGCUAUAUGGUAUAAUUGGAGCAGUUGUCGGCCUUAUAGCAUUAAUUGUAAUCAUAGUAGUUAUUAUAGUUCUUCUAAAGAGGAACAAAGGAAACGAUGUUAAAGAAGAUGAAACUCCUCCAGGAGACGAAUUCUCAGAGGAAACAGUAAUCAGUUCUGCAGUAGUUGAAGGAAACACAAUGGCCAACCCUCUAUACACAAACGGAAUGUUUGAUUCAGAAGAUAGUAUCAGCGAACUUGAAGCUGAUGAUGAUGACGUGGCUUUUGAUGUUCAUGUCGAUCCUGAAACUGUAUAA